AUGAGGGCGCAACGGACUGUGACCGUUCUGGCGAACGGUCACUUCUUUGGUGAGAGCCAUAGAGCCAGCCAUUUCAACCUGGGCGCCUCUGCGAGAUGGGCUGCCGUGCAGCUCGAGGCCAGGAGAGCGUUCAGCGGAAGCUCCAAGCUCGGCGCGGCGAAUGCUGCGCAAGCCGCACUCAAGGCCGCGCAAGAUGCCGCUGCCAACCUGACCGCCGAGGCCGUCGCCGCCAACAUGAGCCCCGAGGAGGCGCAUCGGUUGUCGAGAGUGCGCAACAUUGGUAUCGCGGCACAUAUCGACAGCGGCAAGACCACGUGUACCGAGCGUGUCCUCUUCUACACCGGCCGGAUUAAGGCGAUCCACGAGGUCCGUGGCAGAGAUUCGGUCGGCGCCAAGAUGGACUCCAUGGAGCUGGAGAGGGAGCGAGGUAUCACCAUUCAGUCCGCAGCAACCUUUGCCGACUGGAAGAAGAAAGAGAACGGCAAGGACGAGACAUACCACAUCAACCUGAUUGACACUCCGGGGCAUAUCGAUUUUACUAUCGAGGUCGAGCGUGCACUGCGCGUUCUUGAUGGUGCCGUGAUGAUUCUCUGUGCGGUCAGCGGUGUUCAGAGUCAGACAAUCACGGUCGACCGGCAAAUGAAGCGCUACGACGUCCCCCGCAUCAGCUUCGUUAACAAGAUGGAUCGCAUGGGCGCUAACCCCUGGAAGGCUGUCGAGCAGAUCAACACCAAGCUCAAGAUCCCGGCUGCUGCUCUCCAGGUUCCCAUCGGCUCCGAGAAGGAAUUCGAGGGUGUCGUCGAUCUCAUCAACAUGAAGGCUAUUCGAAACGACGGCCAGCGUGGUGUUAUUAUCAAGGUCUCUGACGAUAUCCCCGCUGAUCUUCAGGAGCUCUGCGAAGAGAAGCGCCAGGAGCUCAUUGAGAAGCUUGCCGAUGUCGAUGACGAGAUCGCCGAGAUCUUCCUCGACGAGCAGACCCCGACUCCCGAACAGAUCAAGGCCGCUAUCCGCCGUGCUACCAUUGCUAGGAAGUUCACCCCUGUCCUCAUGGGAACUGCUCUCGCCGACAAGUGCAUCCAGCCCAUGCUCGACGCUGUCUGUGACUAUCUUCCUAACCCUGCGGAAGUUGACAACAUGGCCCUCGACCGAUCCAAGGGCGAGCAGCCUGUCCAGCUGAUCCCUUACAACUCGCUUCCUUUCGUUGGCCUUGCCUUCAAGCUUGAGGAGAACCCUUACGGCCAGCUCACCUACAUCCGUGUCUACCAGGGCACCCUCAAGAAGGGCACCUACCUGUACAACUCGCGCACCGGCAAGAAGAUCCGCAUCCCCCGUAUCGUCCGCAUGCACUCCAACGAGAUGGAAGACGUUGCCGAGAUCGGUGCUGGAGAAAUCUGCGCUGUCUUUGGUGUCGACUGCGCCUCUGGAGACACGUUUACCGACGGUCAGCUGCCCUACUCGAUGAGCUCCAUGUAUGUCCCGGAUGCCGUCAUGUCUCUGUCUAUCAAGCCCAAGCGCAGCAGCGAUGCGGAUGCCUUCUCCAAGGCCAUGAACCGCUUCCAGCGCGAGGACCCUACCUUCCGUCUGCACGUUGACGAGGAGAGCGAGGAGACCAUUAUCUCCGGUAUGGGCGAGUUGCAUCUGGACAUCUACAUCGAGCGUCUGCGCCGCGAGUACAAGUGCGACUGCGAGACCGGCCAGCCCCGCGUCGCCUACCGCGAGACCAUCACCCGCCGCGCCGACUACGACUUCCUGCUCAAGCGCCAGUCCGGCGGCCCCGGUGAUUUCGCUCGCGUCAUGGGCUGGAUCGAGCCCAAUCCCGAGGACUCCGAGAAGAACCACUUUGAGACCCAGGUCGUCGGCGGUACCAUUCCGGACAAGUUCCUGUCUGCCUGCGGCAAGGGUUUCGAGCUCGCCUGCGAGAAGGGCCCGCUCCUGGGCCACAGGGUCAUUGGCGCUAGCAUGGUCGUCAACGACGGUGCCACCCACGUCACCGAUUCGUCCGACUACGCCUUCUCCCUGGCUACGCAGAUGGCCUUCCGCAAGGCCUUUGACGACGCCGGCGGUGUCGUCCUCGAGCCCCUCAUGAAGACGACCAUCACGGCGCCCAACGAGUUCCAGGGCAACAUCCUCAUGCUGAUGAACAAGCGCGGCACCAUUGUCGACACCGAGAUCGGCCCCGACGACUUCACCCUGAUUGCCGACUGCUCCCUCAACGCCAUGUUCGGCUUCAGCUCCCACCUCCGCGCGGCGACGCAGGGCAAGGGCGAGUUCGGCAUGGAGUUCAGCCACUAUGCCCCUGCGCCCAUGCAGCUCCAGAAGGAGCUUGUCGCCAAGUACCAGAAGGAGCUGGAGGCCAAGCGCACCAAGUAG